AUGUGGAGUCACAGAGGUACAUUUCGGACUCCUUACCUCUUCCGGUUCCCAACUCCUUACCUCUUCCGGUUCCCAAAUUUGGUCCAUUUGAUGUUCCUCCCUUGGAUUGAGACCGUUUCAGUUUGUCCUCAUAGUCAUGUGGAGAACCUAUUAAUCCAUGUUUGGGUAAGUAUGGGUCCAUCUAGUUCAUCUUAUACACUACAAGUGAGUUUCCACAAUGUGGAGUCACAGAGGUACAUUUCGGACUCCUUACCUCUUCCGGUUCCCAAAUUUGGUCCAUUUGAUGUUCCUCCCUUGGAUUGA